AUGUCAACAACCUACCUAACCCCCCUCACAACAAACACCCCAACCAAACGCUCCGUCUCCGCGCCCCCAGCGCCAAGCCGCACACUCUACACCUUCCAAGAAGUCCACCCUUGGCAACGCGACAACGAGUACCUCAAGAACCAUUAUCGUUGCACCACGAAUUCUUACCGCGAAUGUUUGAAGAGCUUGUCGUAUCUGCACAACCAGACUGGGAAUAUUUAUACGCAUCUCAUCGGCGCUGUCUUUAUCCUCUUCUACGCCAUCUACGCUUACAGCAAUAUUAGCAGUCGUUACGAGACUGCUGAUAUCAACGACCUACUGGCUUUUGGGGUGUUUGUGGGUAGUGCGGUCGUGUGUUUUGGUGAGUCAGUAGAGUUCAUCGACCCCGCCCUUGACCCCACCGGCGGAGACAUUCCUGAAAGAUCGAGCAUCGUCUCAACACCCUCGUUCACCUCCGGCGAGGUUGACGAUAUGUCCGCGGACAACAAGACCACCGUCAUCGUAGGCGCGGGAUCCAUUGGCCUGUGGACUGCCUAUCAUCUCGCGCACGCAAAUCGUCGAACCGGUUACUCGAACAACAAUACCAUCAUCGUCAUAGAUGCAUCAGCGAGCGCAUUCGGAGAGACAUCCGGAACCUGCACAGGAUGCAUUCACCACAAAUUCAAUGAUGAGAUCAUGGAUGAGUUCGGAAAGUACAGCUUCACAGCCUGGCGUGAUUUGGCAGAGACCAACGAUAUGUGUGAUACUGCUGGACUCCGCUUCCAUUCCAUCUUCGGGUUGACCAAGAACGAUGGAGAUGGUCAAGAGCUUUUGCCGGAUUGGCUUCGAACGAGCGAUGCGUGGGGGGUGGACACCGAAUCCUUGGGGAUAAACAACGCGAUGGUUAACCCAGUCGGCCUCGGCAAAUGGCUUGAAAGAGCAUGCGUCGAUAUGGGUGUGCGCAUUCAGACAUCUACAAGAGUCACUGCUGUCGAGUUGGACCAAGGAAAUCGAGCCACCGCAGUAAUCGUUGUUCGAGAAGACUCAUCCUCAGUCAGAAUCCCAUGCGACAACUUCGUUCUGGCCGGUGGCCCAUGGACCCCAGCGGUCUACAAAACGCUAUUCCCCUCCUCCCCAAUCCAGCUCGACUCAGCCACAGAGGCAGGCGAUUGGAUCGUCUUCCGAAACCAGAAUCCUGUCGCAAAGAACUCGGUGGCUUUUGUAGGCCUGAACGACAUUGUAGGAGAGAAGUUGGAGUUUGCAGGUCGCAACGACGGCACGAUAUGGGUUUGCGGAGCAAAAGAUCACAAGGGCACGCUACCUCCAUUAGGCUCGAGAGGUCUACCAGAUGCUGCAAGGAUUGUGGAGCUCACAGGUCGUGCCUACCGUUUUCUUCGCGUCCACAACGCUGGUGAUCCGGAUGCGUUCGAGGAGUUGGAGGUUGUUGCGCUUGGACGGGCGUUUCGACCUGUUACGCGCUCGGGGCGCCCGAUGAUGGCUAUGGUCGAGUCUGAUAAACUCUCGCAUCAUAGCGGUCUUCAGGCAGAUGGAAGACGUGGUAAUGUGUUUUUGUGCUGGGGGCAUGGGUCUUGGGGACUGACACUCGGACCGGGCACGGGGAAGUUGAUGAGUCAACUGAUUCUAGGUGGAUCGACAGAUCUCGAUCUUUCACCAUUUCAGAUUCCAGAGACUACGUAG